CUUUCACCCGUGAAUGUGGCGGAUGUAGUAGACCAACAAGGAAGUUAGCUAGUUUGGGCUGGUACAGCUAGCUAGCAGGCUGUAAAAUAACGAAAUUAAGCUCCAAUAAAUCAUUUUCCAAUUGAUUAUUUGUGAAAUAUGUCCAACAACAAUCGAGUGGAUUUACAGGAUGGCAACAUGUCACAAGUUUUGAGAAAAUGACGAGAUGACUUGCCUUACAGUGGCCUGGACAUUUGUGAUAUGUUAACGUUAAUCACAAAAGACAAGUGUGUAAGAUGGACUGAAGGAAUUAGUUAGCUGCAGACUUUUGAGAUGUUACUAGCUGUACAUGUAAAUAUAUGACCAAAAAGCACUGUAAGUUUAUCUACAUAUCACUAGUCAACAUGGCCCUACAAAUAAGUUGUUAAUAUUUGCAUGCUCUGUCAUCACUUUUUAAGGUCAAUUCACCUGCACAUACAUUUGAAUGACUAACCACACAUAAACAGAGCUGAUCAUGUCACUAGCAAAGCAGGCACAAACGUGGUUCCCAACUCAUGUCCAAGCCACUGUUCUCCAAGCAACUGACCUACAAGCUAAGGGUAAACACGGCAACAACGACGCCUACGCUAUCAUCCAGCUGGGCAAAGAGAAGUACUCAACAUCUGUGGCAGAGAAAACACUCAACCCAGUGUGGAGAGAAGAAGCAGCCUUUGAACUGCCUGGUCUGCUUCUGGAGGGCAAUCCAGAAAUCUAUGAAUUAUGCCUUAUCGUGAUGCACAGGUCCCUGGUGGGGAUGGAUAAAUUCCUGGGCCAGAGUACCAUCAAUCUCAAUGAUAUUUUUGAUAACAAGGAGCGAAGGAAAACAGACUGGUACUCCUUGGACUCCAGGCCAGGGAAGAAGAGGAAGGAGAGAGGGAAGAUCCAGGUCAGCAUUCAGUUCAUGAGGAACAACAUGACGGCCAGCAUGUUUGACCUCUCCAUAAAGGACAAGCCCCGCUCGCCCUUCACCAAACUCAAGGACAAGAUGAAGGGGCGCAAGCACGACGGUGGUCUCUCCGACACCACCUCAGCCAUCCUGCCCCGCUCCCCCAUGUGUGACUCGGAGACCCUUCGCCAACCCAGUGCUUCUGACCAUCAGCCAGAGCCCAAGAUCAAGAGACACCUACUGGCCGGCUCCCAUACGCUCUCUGCAGCCCGCUCCAUGUCCGACCUCAUUGGCACUCACUUCCGCCCCAAGCUGGACUCUAGAAACUCCAUGGAACAGCUGGAGAAAGAGAGUGGUGCCGCCCCUCACAGGCGCUCCCAGGGCGAGGUGCCAGGCUACCAGGACAGCGAGGGGCAAGGUGAUCCUUUUACUCAUAUCAGCGACGGCUUGCCGCAGAAGUACGCCACCCUCCCACGCAACCGCAACCCGUUCGAGGGGGAGCAGGGCCAGCUGUGGGACCGAGGGGAGAAAAAGGAGAAGAAGGAGAAGGUCAGCCUGCUGGAACGUGUGACCGGGAAGAAGGAGGGACGCAAGACCAACAACGGGGGGCGUUCGGGCAGCUCUGGAGACCUGCGCUCCAGCAACCCAUUCAGCAGCGACUCUCAGGGAAACACCCAACCAACCAACCCCUUUCUCUCACACAAAAAUACAAGCGAUAAAAAUCCCACCACUAAUGGAGACGUCCGAAAGGCAAGAGAGAACCACGGAAAGAAAAAUGAGACGAUGCAGACGAGCGCGGCUUCCUAUAGCAACUUAUCUUUCGACGAGGUGGUGCAUGAGCUCAUCAAGCAGAAGGGGGUGGUGAAAAAUAAGGACGCCCAUAUCCGUGAACUGGAAGACUACAUUGAUAACCUGCUGGUGCGCGUUAUGGAGGAGACGCCGAGCAUUCUACGGACACCCUACGAGCCCAAGAGGAAAGCGGGGAAAAUCUCCAAAAAUAACUAGUGUCAAGGUAAAGUUAGGGGUCCCAACGAUAUGCUCUUGUUUCAGUGAGGGCCCAUCCUAGCCAUUGAGAAAUGUAUUGUGGGUAUAGAACAAAAAUGAAGAGAAGGGGAUUGACCCAUGCCAAAUCACCAUUUUUGUUUUUUAAAUGUUUUUUAAAUAGGUUUUGCACGCUUUGAUUUGAGUGUACACCAGUUUCCCCAACAAUUUGAUUGGGAAGUGAAGUACACCCGACUACAUAAAUAUCUGACAUUUUGACUUGCAUUUGAACAAACCCCAUGGCUUUCCCAUAAUUAUAGAAAUACUAACCUGUGAAUCAGUUGUUGUGUAGUGAUCCACUCAUCCUUUUUUUUUGUUAUUAUACCUCUUGCUCUGUUCUUUGCAUGACAUUUCUUUUGUUUUUCAUAUUCAGCCGAAUUGAAAGAAUGUGAGAUGACAAUGUCUCACAGAUCCAUCAGAACACCUUAUAGCAGAGACCAGUGGGAUAAGAAACAAAACUAGUGGGUUUAUGCCAUGCGUGACAGUUUCUUCAAAGUGUACAACAUUUUCACAAUAGUGUAUACAAUAGACCUGUGCACUUUCACACGCGUUUAACAUGGGGGGGAAAAAACACAGACCGCUUCUGAGGCGAUCGUAUGCACAUGGAACCACCAUCAAGCUAGAUUUGCGUUGUAACACUAAGGCCAUACAAAUGUCAUUAAAUGUUUAACGGAUGGCCCUCUUCACUUCCCUUUAAAACAUUUUUAAAAGAGAUGAAGUCCUACUGAAAAAAUGGCAUGUUUUGAUCAAAAUAAUGUCCCCCCUAAAAUCACUUAAAAUCACUUGAUUAGAUCGCUAGGUGUUGAACUAAGAACUAAGGUUGCUGUAGUAUUUUAAAGGGAUUAUCUAGUACUUUUCUAUCAUUUUUAGCUAGUCAUUCAAAAAGUAGCACUCACAAGCCAAAAGUGGUCCCCGAAAAUGGCCUAUGUCUCUCGCUCUGCUGUGGGUGCACCAUGUGCAUCUUGCUAGCUGUCAUUCAUAUGGCGAGGUGCUAAAGUUAACUUGUUGAACUCGUGCUGCUAGGGGGCUAGCCCAUGUGGGGGGAAAUGGUGUAGCACAGUAUAAAGAAAAACUAGGGAUUUCAUGGCUAAUUGAAGUAAGACAGUAAUUCUGCUUAUAGAUUAUGCAUGUAUAAACUACUCAUUGACAUAUCCAGCCCAAAGUGGGAGGUUUAAAAGAAUACCGGAGCACGUCUUUAAUAAAAGGGCUACUUAUUUUUUGUUUGUUUCGGCUUGCUCGCCUCACUUUAAAAAUAUAUAUAUAUCUGUUUAAUGUUUAAUAAAAUAUGUAUGGCCUUAGUAUUAAAAUGUACCAAACACCGCGUGUUAACUUAUCACACUUGUGUGAAAAAAAAAGAAGAAAAGUACAUAGUUUAUUGAAUAGGGUUUGAUGUGCUAAUUUGAAUAGAGCUGUAAUGACUGUUUACACUUCAGACCAAGAUGCAGGAUUAUGACACAAACUCUCACUCAGCCAAUCGGCCCUUUACACGCCUCUUACUGUAGGCACGGAUUGUGUUGAUAUACUGGAGGUGUGAAUACAAUGUUAUCCGCCUGUCUGUGACCUUGAUCUGAGCCUUUUGGCAUUAGGAUGGUUUGGACCUCUCUCUUGACAUUUGCCAUCUUCGUACAAAAUUAUAUUAUUUAAAGUUACUCUUAUGAGGGUAGGUACUAAGCACUACUGAAUUCUUACUCAAGACAUUGCAUAUCCAAACACAGAUCUGAAAACAAUGUAACACUGCAUUCGAACUUUGACCUUCCAGUGAAAAAAAAAAAAAAUAGGUGAACACUGUAUUUUCUCUGGUCAAUUUGAUGAUAUAGAAUGUCUUGGCAUCGUGCUGGUGCAGAAUGUAAUUGAGUGGAGGCAAACUAAAGACACUGCUAUUGAAGCCUCCUCCAGUGUUUACACCAAAGUGAAUUCAUUCAACGAGCUGCCAUUGUCCAUCAUAUCAACUCCGAAGUCAUUGCUUUUGGGUUUGUUAUUUCAGUUAAUUUUUUUUAUCAUAAGCUAGGUUUCCAUCCAAUUAGCGACAGAUUUUCAUUUGAAUAUUCAAAAAAUUUGCAUAAAGACAAUAUACAUGUUUUCUCACCAGAGAUGUUUCCAUCAAAUGGACUUGUUGCGGAUAAAAGGCUCUGCGUGAUGACGCAAUGCACAUAAAAAUACAUUUGGCGGUUAAAUUCCCAUGUACCGAAUACAAGUUAAAUGGGUUUCCAUCGCAUUUUCAACUCUAUGGAUGGUUUUCUCUCAGAAAAAGAUGGUGUUUUAUACACCGAGUGUGCCCACUCUGGUUUUGCAACAUGCGCUCUAGCCAACAGCUCACAGAUCCAGUGUGGGUACAGCCUCCAUCAGGGAUGGGCAACUUUGACUGCGAUCAAAAAUUUGUGGCUCCCCUCUUGACAGCAGAGAUAAAUUUGUGCGAUUCUACACAUUUUGCCAUGGGGUGUAGAGAAAAUGUUGCCGUUUAAAAGCAAGUUUGCUGCAAUUCUACACAUUUUGCCAUGGGGCGGAGAGAAAUGUUUGCCCUUUUUAAUAUAUUAGUGAGACUAAUUAAAUCAUUGGUGACCCCCCCCCCCCGGCCGGUAAUUCGAGCAUGAUAAGUUUGCCAAGUUAGCUGGCCGCUAAAUUAUCUAAUCAACUUGUUUUUGUUGCUGACACGGGUUAAGUGACAUGACAAGAGAGAAACUGAUGCACAACCAAGUUUCAAAAUUGCACCUUGUAUUCUACUAGUCUAACUCGCAACAGUAAAUUGAGACCCCGACUGAGUUCCUAAAACGUUUUAUCGAAAGUUUCCCAUCUCUGGCCUGCAGGAGAUUAUGGACAAAAUCAUGUCACCAGAAUAAGACCCUCGCUAUUUAUUUAAAAGGAGAAUCAAGCUCAUCACAUAGCACUUUCACCACCCUGUGAAGUUCCUCAUAAUGGAUUUAAUCUGUAGCCUAAUAAACUGCUUGCUUUCCCGACGAGUCAUAGUGGGAGGACCACACGUGCCAUCGCGUGACUCCCAAGUUGACCUCGGUGUGAUGGUUAUUAUAUCAGUAUUUGCGCAUAAAAGAGUUUCCUCCGACAUUUCUCGCAUAAUUAAUUUCACCCACAAAAAGAUCCUAUUUUGUUUUGUCGACAUUUGGAAAGUUUACCGACAAAUGUUCUGUUUCCAUCAAGCCUGUUGCUCGCAUCAAAAAGGUUGGAUGGAAACCUGGUUACUGACCCGUGAUGACUGUAUUUGUCUUUAGGACCAAGCGCAUUGUAUGACCUUUAUAUACAGUCAAUGUAGGCCCAUACAUUGUCAUACAAAAAUAAGUAUAAACCAUUGUUCAAGUAGUUCUAGCUUUACUUUACUGGUACUGGUAAGUGCAAUAAAUAUAAUUUAUCGACAUGUUUAAUAUUCAAUUGGUGUCCAUCUACAAAUUCUCUACAUUUUUUUGUUAUAUCAUUAUAUUGUGUAGUCAAUUUGAACAUGUCAGAAUGACAUCCGUUCUACACUUGUGAUCUGUCACUGUUUGUCUACAGAGAAAAAUCGGAUUCCUUUGGGUACAAGUGGCUCAGUUUGUAGAUUCACUGAUUCUUGUUUGAAUUAAUUUGAAGGAAAUAGAAUCAAGGUGUGUUGCUACAUAGUAAUGCAUUUGCUGGCUGACUUUGUUUAAUUUGUUAAAAUGUUAGCCUUAGCACUUUGAUCCAUCAAUGAGCAGUGUAAUUGCUUUCCAGAAAGGUUAUUGGUAAUAUUUUGCUUGUAAUACACUGUACUAACACAUCUACAAAUCAAACUAUGAGUACAGAUUUUAACAAGGGCCUAUGUUAACCUGUUGUAAAAAAAAACUGUGUGUGUGUGUGUGUAUAUAUAUGUAUAUAUGUGUGUAUGUAUAUAUGUGUAUAUAUAUAUAUAUAUAUAUAUGUAUGUGUAUAUAUAUAUAUAUAUGUAUGUGUAUAUAUAUAUAUAUAUAUAUAAUUUUGACAGUUUGUAUGUUUUGCUAAAUCAUUUGUCAUACAGCCUUCAUACUGUCCAAAGUAUGGCCAAAAAUAUAAUAUAUCAUGACAGUUUUAUGAGAUAUGUUAGUUCUGACAGCAUAACAAACAGUAUCAGCUCGUCAAAAAACAGACCACUCUCAAUUUGUUUGUCUUGUCUCCAUGGCAUUUUGCUUCAAUAACAACACUGUUAUGACAAACAUAUUUGUUCUACACAGCUUACACAAAUUCUGCUAUGACCUUUAUGGUUAAGUAUCAAUGUAUAGUACCAGUCAAAAGUUUGGACACCUACUCAUUCCAGGGUUUUUCUUUAUUUUAUCUUUGAAAUAGUGAAGACAUAACUAUGAAAUAACACAUAUGGAAUCAUGAAGUAACCAAAAAAAGUGUUAAACAAAUCAAAAUAUGUUUUCUUAUAUAUUCUUCAAAAUAGCCACCCUUUGACUUGAUGACAGCUUUGCACACUCUUGGCAUUCUCUCAACCAGCUUCACGAGGUAGUCUGCAUUCUGCAGCGAUACAGCAUUCUGCAGCGAUACGCCAUCCCAUCUGGUUUGCACUUAGAGGGACUCUCAUUUGUUUUUCAGCAGGACAUUGACCCAACACACUUCCAGGCUGUGUAAAGGCUAUUUCACCAAGGAGAGUGAUGGAGUGCUGCAUCAGAUGACCUGGCCUCCACAAUCACAUGACCUCAACCCAAUUGAGAUGGUUUGGGAUGAGUCGAACCGCAGAGUGAAGGAAAAGCAGCCAACAAGUGCUCAGUAUAUAUGGGAACUUCUUCAAGACUGUUGGAAAAGCAUUCCUCAUUAAUCAUGAAGCUGGUUAAGAGAAUGCCAAGAGUGUGCAAAGAUGUCAUGGCUACUUUGAAGAAUCGGAAGUAUUUUCUUAUUUGUUAAUGAAACACUUUUUUUUUCGGUUACUACAUGAUUCCAAAUGUGUUAUUUCAUAGUUUAUGUCUCCUCUUAUUGUUCUACAAUGUAAAAAUAAAGGAAAAACCCUUGAAUAAGUGGGUGUCCAAACUUUUGACUGGUACUGUAUGUGUUAAGCAUAAGGUCUCCCGCUGUGUAUGGUGUCAUAUUUCUGAGUCUACCAUUAAUGAGUGCUACUGAACUUUCUUAAAACAGUGCUUUGUGAAAAAGGUUACUUUACGUAGUUGUUACUUACUUAUUACUGUCAGUAGGUCAAACGUAUUACUGUGUUACCAAAACGUUUUCCCUCUCUUGAGUUUACUUGCUUUCAUGGAGCUAAUGUCAGUGCUGUCAAACAUGUCUCACCUAAUUAGCAGAAAGGUUAUAUUCGUCACUUUUUAAAGUUUUUUUUGUUGUACACUGUUGUGCCAUCUGUAGUGUUCAAUGGUGUUUUAGAUGAAUAGGAUUGUUACUCAAAGUUGUGCACUUACUUAAGUGUAUGGUGAGCCCUGUUGUGAUCUAUGGAUACCUCAGAAGUCUCAACCAGUGACGACGCUGAGAUUGAAGACACACACAUUUUAAACCAACUUUGUUGCUUCUUCCAGUCUUUUGUUUACUUAAAAAAAGAAAAACAAUGGUCCAUUUUUACAUUCUGUAUGGUAUAUUUGUAUGGGUAAAGUAGGGUGAAAUAUGGUGUAGUAACUGAAUGACCACAUAUCAAGUCAGGAUACAGUCCGAUUUCCUGUUUGGAUGAUACAAUCUACAUUCUACAAUCUACAUAUCGCGUUGCUGUUUUAAAAAAAAUAUAUAUAUAUUUUUAGUAACAAACACAGUUUACUGCAAAUCCUCCCAAUCACAAUUAACUAGGACAUAGAGAAUUCAAUGGUAUUCCAUAAAAUGCUAUAGCUGCUUUUAGUAAAGCUUGUCCUAGCGAACAUCAAUGAGACACACUUUUUUAGUUUUUUUUGUGCCUAUUGUGUACAAAUUGUUAACCUCUUACAUUUUAGUUUUUUUUUGUUAGAAAAAAAAUGGUAUUUAUUCUUGUUGAUCUUUACCUGAAUCGUCCUACAUCGAAUGUCAUGUAGGCGCCAAAUUGUGCUUUCAUUCAUUAUACUGAUAGAAUUAGGAUAUUAUUAUUGCUGCUUUUCAUCUUUUUAAAAUAUCAGGUUUAUCCAGACAAAAUACUCAGCUAUUGUGUUUACUAUAAUCCCCCCCCCCAAAAAAAAAAUUACAGGGAACUUUGACAUUUUAUGUCCAUGCCUUCGUUGUGUCACUAUACAGCUAAUAUUCUGACACUUUCUCCAUGAGUUACUUCCAUAGCACAACAUUGGUGUACUUUUACUUAGUCAAUCCGUAUCACACUGCAGUUAGCUUUCAUAUCAAAUUGCAUGUCAAAUCAUCUUUGCUUGAUGCAAUUUGGACACGUUCUGUUUAGAGAGCCAUCACCACAGUGGCUCAUAUUAUAGCACAUUCUGAGGACGAAAAUAACAGUAUUUGAUCAAAGUCCAGAUUGAUUGUACAAUAAUACAGACGGGAAUGUCUCCAAAUGCCUAUUCUUUGUAUGGUGGUGGUGUCACUAUACUUUUCCCUAUCUGUUUUUCCCUUAACCUUCGCUGCUGUUAACUUGCGCCCACCUUAGUUUUCACAAGACUAGCAUUUUUUAAAUUUUAUUUAUACUUUAUUCAAAGUUUUAGGUGUCAGGAUGGGUGGGCACAUGGGUUUGAUGUAAAGAUUGGAUUGAUUAGAAAACUGUUUGAUUGUGAUACUGAGAACAUAUGAAUAUGGUGUGUAUGUUGGUAUACAAAGUAUUAUUUUGGAAACAACAAUGCAGAUGAUGUAAAAAGCAAAGAAUGGCACUGCUUGAUAUGCAUUCGGUGUAUGUAUUUAUUGUCCACCUCUCUCACACACACACACACUGUCUCCCCAAAAGCUUAUUAUUUUGGCAUGUGGCAUGGAUUUACUUACAUUAAGGUCUUGGAGUGGAAAUGUGUUAGGAAAUGCCAGUGAUCCAUUGGAUAACAAAAUUGGAAGGCACAAACCAGAAUGUAUUGCUCUUUUGAAAUAAAUACACUGUACUUAUUAAAUAAAAUACCUGUUUUGGUUUUAAUG